AUGGCCUUUUCUUCCUCUAUCAGUGUCUCCGUCGCCGUCGCCCAUGCCGUUUCCUUCCUUACGCGUCCCUUGAUGUCUGCCUACCCAGCGACAACUAUUAUCAAGCUGCAGCUUGUCCUCGAAGCCAACCUCACCGCCCAUUACGCCCCGUCCUGGGUCCCUUUUGAGCCCCUUAGCGGCUCAGGUCGUCGUUGCCUUACCCUCAGCCCAGACUGCCUUCCCCCUCGCGUUGUGUACUCCGCAUGUCUUGCUACGGGCAUUCAAUGGUUUGAUUGGAUCGCCCGUCUUGGGGGCUGUGAGUUCGACUUCUGCGUCGACCCCGGCUGCGUCUAUAUGCGUGUAGGAAGCGGCAACGAGACUGUUACUAUUUGGGCUGCUGAAGGUCCUUUCUCCAUGAACUCUAAGACUGUCGCGCAGCAGCUCCUUGAAGAGGACUGCGAUACUGAUGAGCGGCUCUUCGACAUGAUCGCAGAUGAAAUGAACGCGCCCACCUGGAUGACUCCCGUCGUUCCUCAUUUUCCCAUCCCUCGGUCUACUUCUCCUUUGUCCUCCAUCUCCAGCCAUUCGCGUUGCAGCUCCCGCUCGUCCAACUCGAGCUCGAGCUACUCAUUUUCGUCAUCUGACUCGGUUGGCUCGGAAUCAUCGGGCUCAUCUACACCCACAUCCACAUCCACGUCCUCGCAGUCGAGGCGUGAGAAGGCAAGGACUUCCCGCGUCUUUGUGGAUACCUCUAAGACCGAGGUGACUCCGUAUGAUGGGGGGAAGACCACUGUUCUUACUGGUGGUGUUAUGCUUGGUGGCUCACCCUCAGCCAAAGCGAAGAAGCCCUCCAACAAAGCCCCCGCCGGCUACUGGCGCACCGUUCACUUUUAA